AUGGAUAUCCCAGUAUCAUUCGGCGGCAUGAAUUCUGGACUACAGGUGGGGAUUAAUCACGGCCGGAUCACUGCAGAGUUUCAUCUUCCACCAAAGGUGGACGUCAAGCUACCAAUUGCAUACGGGGCUGGGUUCGACUCUUACGUUGAUCAGCAUGAGGCUGAAAGGCACGAGGACGGAUAUUCUCCAUGA